AUGAUUAGCAUAAAGGAACCGAAUACGACAAUGAUCUAUGCACCAAGCCCAAACUCGUCAACAAGAUCGAAAGAAUUGUGCGUUGAUAUGUCGGAUUUAACGAAAAACUCUGUCGAUGUCGGUCAGGCGAUCAUCCAGGCAACUCAGGGAAUCGUACCAGAUCGUUUCAAAUGUUUCGCCGAUUCGACAACUGGCUCAGCAAGCAGUACGACGAGUACGAGCAAGGCGACAACCAAAGCAUUCACAACAAAUAUGAUUACAACUACUAAUAAUAUGGGUACAACUGGUGGAAUCAUUGAAACCACAACUGAAGCCAGUCAAACGACAGAGAACAUGCAAACAAGUAGUGAAAGCACUGAGACUACGUCAACAUCGACUAGAAAUGAUGAGACAACAACUACCACGUCCACCUCAUGCUAUGGUGUCCAACCAAAUGAAUGUUCUUGCGAGCCGACGAGUUUGUGGAAUGAUUUGGUUGUUGUGAUUGAUCGAUCGAAUGAGAUAGGAGAGAAGGAUUUUGAUGCGACCGUCUCAGCAAUUAAAACAAUCCUUUUCGGCACAUCAAUCGGUCAACGCGAUGAGAAUGAGACUCAACUCGGGGUCGUUCUUUACGAUCUCAAGGCUCAAUUAGUUGCUGAUCUCACUGAGUACAAGAAUCGAGAUGAUAUGAUGAAAGCAAAGUGGCCAUACUCGGGUGGAGAUGGCACGAAUUUGGCUGAUGGCUUGGAUAUGGCGAUUGACAUUCUGGCUGCUGAUAUGAGAAGCGCUUCUCGACAAGUGAUUCUGCUCAUCACAUCCGUUUACCAUUGGCAAGACGGUUUCGAGGAUCCAAUCAAGGCAGCUACUGGUUUCAAAGAUGAUGGUGGACUCAUCAUUACAUUGGGUAUUGGUGGGCUUCACGGAAAGGUAAACGAAACCCUUCGCAAUGUGAGCAGUCCCGGUUUCUUUAUUCAACUCAAAUCAAUAAACUCGUUGACAGAAAACACGACUCGAGAUGAGAUUUAUCGAUUGUUUUGUGAUGCCAAUUGCUUUUGUCCGGGUCAACUCGACGAGAUCACAGAAGAUCGUUUUAGUCCUGUUUCAACCACUCAACGAGAGAGUGUCCCUGAUGGGGGAUGUUUCUUUGACUCAAGUCUUCCCUCAUCACAAAUCCUUGUCGAGCGAACAUGUAAAACAAUGGAGGUGGCUGUCAACAAAUCGAUGACAGCAAUGCCUAAAUAUUCGAAUCAACAAGCACAUAUUCUACGCGCACAACAAUUCAAUAUUACCUAUUGGGUGGCAUUAAAUUCGACAAAUGGCUUUUGGAAAUGGAAUGAUGGGACGGCUUUUUGUGGUGCUGAGGUGCAAUUCGACGAUAAAUCACCGGCCGACGCGCACUACGCCGUGCUACAAUGGACAGAUGAUGGUGAGCUUUCUCUUGUCUUGCUUAUCUACUCAGUGCCCAGGUGCAAUCGUCUU